UCGGGACUGGGAUGUGUCAUAAUGGUAUCAGAGCCACUCUGUCGUGGUGUGAGUGUGUCGACAAGGACGUUGGGCCCCUAAGGGGGGGUGGAUUGUAACAUCACUCGUCGACCAACAGAGAAGAGGUGAUGUGCCUUCCACUGGGAAGUUGCUCGUGAGUUCUCAGAAACAAAACCGUGAGGGCAUGACUGGGGCCCAAAGCGGACAAUAUCGUGCUAUGGCGGAGUCGGGACUGGGAUGUUACAGUAGUAGUUGAUUGAUUAUUAUUGAUUAACAUGUUUAUAUCUUAUUUGUUACACACAUAAUUUGUAAAUUUGGUCUAAAAAUUUGAUUAAUCAAUCUAAAAUUAAGCUAAUAAAAAGGAGAGACUAAUUAAGAAAAUGUGGAGAAUCAUAUUUUAUAGAUCAUAUUUUGUAACGGUUGAUGAUUAAUCUUUUAAAAGUUUUAAAAAAGGAAAAUAACCAUGAAUCGCCACCUCAAAUAAUUACAUAAUACAAUUCAAGUAAAUAACCUCUCUAAUAUCACCAAACUAAUUAACAUGAAUCUUUGGUGGUAAUUACAAUUGAAAAAAAAAAAAAAUUGAAAACUUUUAUCAAGGCCAACUUUCCUAACUGCCCAUUUAAAGCAAAUUUAAUGAAACUGUAACAAAUGAGAGGUUUGCCAAAUCACAGAAAAAUCCAAAAAACCCUAGACUGUCCUCCGCUAUUUAUAGCUCCUCCGGACUUCUCCGGAUCAACCUGUGCUUAUCUGCACAGUGUGUACUUUGUUCUUCAGAAUUUAGGAAAAACCCCAUGAUUCUCUCAACCCACCCACCUCCUUCUACAUUUCCCACUAUUUACAGCUAAAAUUUGUGAGAGGGAUGAGGCAGCUGAGUCGAUCCUCAAACCAGAAAACCAGACAAUUAAUGGAAUUAGAUAAACUCAGUAAGCUCAAAGAGGAGCCUCAUCAUCUCUCUGGUGCUUACAUCCGUAGCCUAGUGAAACAACUCACCUCUUCAAGAUCCACCAUGAACCCCAAUAAGGACAUCGUCCUGAACUGUGACGGGAUCCCAAGUCAAACCACUGUCAAGUUUGGAGAUGAUAAUUUUAGCGAAACCCGGCAACACACCCAACAACCCCACCAGCCUCAACAACACAAAAAACAAGUGAGGAGAAGACUCCACACCAGCAGGCCCUACCAAGAGAGGCUUUUGAACAUGGCUGAGGCUAGGAGAGAGAUUGUCACUGCCCUCAAGUUUCAUAGGGCAGCUAUGAAACAAGCCACUGAACAACAGAAACAACAAGACCAACAACCUCAGGAGCAGCAGCCACUUGAGCCACAAACCCCUCGACCUCGCUUAGAACAAGAAGCGAGGAUCAAAUCGAGGAGGAACCCUCGAAUCUACCCGUCAAGCGGGUCGAAUUACCAGGAAACUCCGCCCUUCUCUUCUGAUUUUUCUUACCAAUAUCCAAAUCCAUAUCAAUAUUCAAAUCCUUAUUCUUGGACUCCUUCCACAAUUGCACCUCCACCACCUUAUGAAAAUUUUGAUUUCACACUUCCAAACCAAACCCUUGGCCUCAACCUCAACUUCCAAGAUUUCAACAACAUAAACACAACCCUUUACCACCACACCAACAGCCCGUCAAUUUACUCCGCCUCCACCUCAUCUCCCUCGUCAUCUUCUUCCCCCACUCUCUCUGCUACCACUACCGAUCCUGAAAUUCUGACCUCAGCUGCAGGAGCUUCUUUCACUUCCCAUAUUGAAGCGGAGGAUGCUCCUGCGGUGGCUGAUGCUGUUGACUCCGCCGGGGUUAUCACAAUCACUGGCGGAGAUGGCAUGCAUGCAGCAAUGGACGACAAAGAGAUGGCAGAGAUCAGAUCGAUAGGAGAGCAGCACCAGAUAGAGUGGAACGACACCAUGAACUUGGUCACGUCAGCAUGGUGGUUUAAGUUCUUGAAGGCCAUGGAGCUCGGUGGGGGCCCGCAAGUGAAGGAUGAGGACGAUGACGAUGGAUACCACCAUCCGUUUGAUGAAGUCAUGGAAUUUCCAGCCUGGUUGAACGCAAAUGAAAACGGUUUUCAGAAUGAUCAUUUGAAUGAUUGCUACUCAGACGAUUAUUUUCAAGAUCCUGCCUUGCCUUGUUACUUGCAGCAUGGACAUUGGAGAAAUUGAAGGGAUUGAUGCGGAGUGGCUAGCCUGAGCAUGCACAAGGAUUGAUGUGUUUUUGUUAAUCAAAUCUUUGGCUCUGUUUUUUUGUUUAUUAAUUCUUUAAAUAGUUUCUUUCUCUUUUUAGUUUUUUUUUUUCCCCAUCUUUGACUAUAUAAUAAAGGCUUGCCAAAAAUAUAUAUAUUAGGCAGCCAUAGGGGAAGACAAAGGAGGAAGAAAGGACUGUGCCUUUUAUCUCUUUGCUGGGCUUUUGAUAUAUUGGAAACUUUUACACAUCUUUCCUCAAUUAAA